AUGAAAUGUGAUUUAUUUCCAGAAUACGAUGAACAUAUUUUUCUUGAUGUUUGGUUGACGUUUAUUGCGUAUGUGGUAGGUAUAUAUUAAAAAUCCACACUAUUUUAAUUUUUCAAUUAUUCACGAGCAAGUAAAAAGUACAGGCACGAAUAUGGUUGAGGGAGAACCAGUUAAUCAGUCAGAUGAAUUACCGAAGGUUGAAAAUGAACAACCAAUUGAAACUGAACCGGCUAUUGCAGAAUUAGUUGUUAAACAUCCAUUAGAAAAUAAAUGGACACUUUGGUACUAUGAAAAUAAAAGUAAAAUUUGGGAAGAAAAUAUACAUGAAGUUGCUAGUUUUGAUACUGUUGAAGAUUUUUGGUGCUUAUUCAAUCACAUCAAACGUCCAAGUCAACUUUCGUACCAAUGUGACUACAACUAUUUUAAAAAUGGAAUCAAACCUAUGUGGGAAGAUGAAAAAAAUAGUGCCGGUGGUCGUUGGUUGUUACAGUUACCACCAGCAAAAAAUAACCAAAAUAUUGAUGAGUGCUGGAAAAAUAUAAUAUUAAGUAUAAUUGGUGAAAUAUAUGACCAAAGUUCUGAAAUUAAUGGAGCUAUAGUUAACGUACGAAGCAAAGGAACUAAGAUAGCAGUAUGGACAAACAAUGCAUCAAAAGAUAAUGGCAGUAAUAUUAUGGCUAUUGGAAGAAAAAUAAAAGAAGUUUUGGGCACACAAAAUGAAAAGAUGGUUUAUGAGUCUCACGCAGAUACAGCAAAUAAACAAGGAUCAUUUACAAAACACGCAUUUAUGAUAUAAAUUAGCAAAAAUGAAAAACAAAUGUUUUAAAAUGUUAAAUAAUAACAUGCAUUUAAAAUUAAAAAUAAAUAUUAAAAAUUAAGAAAGGCUUAUUAUUUGAGAUGCUAAUUUAAUUUUUGUUUAAACUAUAUCUUCAUCCUAAAAAAAUAUAUUACCUCGAGAAAAAUAAUGGAUUCCCUGCCAUACAUAUCUCAUAAUCAUACCCUUCAAACUUAUUUGCAUCUAAAAACUGUUCAGGAAGAAGCAAAAUCUUCUAUAAAAUAUUACACACCUACCUUGUAACUCACACAAAUUCCUUAAUCCACGAAUCCUCAAAGACACCUGAAGGUAAAAUGGUGCAGAGGUCUCAAUUAAGAGACAUUAAUUAAUUA